GUUCAGCAGAAACGAUGGAAGGUGGAGACCAACUCGAGACUCGAAUCUGUGCUGCUGUUGUCUUCCAUGAAUCUUCCCGGUGGAGAGUUGAGACGGCGGUCUGCGGAAGAUGAGUUGGCCAUGAGAGAUUUCCUCCAAGAAGGAGACCUUGUCAGCGCCGAGGUCCAAGCGGUGUUUUCCGACGGGGCGGUCUCAUUGCACACUCGAAGUCUCAAAUACGGGAAGGUAUAAGAACGAACGUUCUUCAUGUAGAAUAAAGAAUAUUGGAAGGUAUUCCGGGGGAACAAGGGCCGAUGGCCUCUUUCUGUAGGUGUCCUCACAGACUGCAUGACAGUAUGGUGGUCCUCUGAUUUAACUAAUGCGGACAGGAAGGCACCACAGAGGGUGGUCAAUUCGGCACAAGAAGCCAUUGGUCGCCAUCUAAUACCACUGGAUGACCUCGCCAGGUCCCGCUGCUUUAGCAGAGUAUGGAGGAUUCUCUGAGAUGACCCUCAGCCCGCUCAGUCUCUCUUUACACUUUGACCAUCGGGCAGCAGACAUCGAAGCAGAGCCAGCCGAACAAAUAGGUUUAAAAACAGUUUCGAACCUUGGAAUGUCAGGCUCUUUUUUAAAAAAAUAGUUUUUAUUAAACAUUUUUACCUUUAAAAACAGGGGGGGGGGAAAACAACAAAUACAGAAAAAAACAAGACAAACAUAAUAUAAAAUAAUUUCACAGUCUCUACUGUAUUGGCAUGUUUAGCUUUUGUAGUUCUCUAUUCUAGGUUGCCCUCUUAGAGGUUUUAACAUUUGCCAUGGUGUAAUAACAAUUGUACUAACAGUUGUAAUAAUAUCAAUUGUUCACAUCCCCAUUAUGUUUACAUUAUGGUCAAUACUUUAAGUUUGAUAAUAAUGAGAAACUUUGGGCUGUCAGACUCUUAAAUACAACCACACAUGUAGGAAUAGUUUCUCUCUCUCUUUCCUAAUUACUUGCAUGGGGAUUAUUCGUUAGGCUAUUUAUGUUGUUUCUGUUUUUUGUCGUGGGGAGCAGCAGUGAGGCUAAAACCAAUUUCGUUGCAAUGACAAUCAAGGCUAUGUGGCGACGUAUAUCAGAAAUGUU